AUGGCGAUGAUGAUGACUGGCCGUGUGCUGCUGGUGUGUGCCCUCUGCGUGCUGUGGUGCGGUGCCUGCGGUGGCUACGCAUGGGAUUUCGACAAUAACAGUUCUUUGAAUGAAUAUUAUUACGGCGCAUACGGUGUAUACUGUAAUGCUUCCCUCAACGCUACUUUUUGCGAAGAAAAAAGAAAUGCAAGCAAAGGCGAAGAAACUGCCUUAAAGACGAGCACAGUUCAGAGCGAAAAUGACGGUGGUCAAUCGAGUGCCGGUGAUUCCUCUGGAGAGCAGGAACAAACUUUGGAGGAAAGUGGUUCGGAUCGAUCGAUAGGAAACUCAGGUGGACAAGAAUUGAAAAACCCUGGAGAGGGAGAAGCAACGCCAACAGAACAAUCACCAUCACCAACACAACCAUCAACGGUAUCGGAAGAUUUGCCGAAGCCAGCGGCACCGGGUGGAUCAGAAGCCCCCGGCACGACGACAGAACUACAACCACCGCCGCAGUCACCGUUGCCGGCGGGAGGAACACCAACACCAACAACAGCAACACCGAUUGCCGAUGGUCCUUCUGGGGGGCGGGACAACAGUUCGGAGAAAAAUGGUUCGGAUGAUUCGGAAAAAACAGACGCAGGCCCACAGGAAUCACAACCGCCGAAUGGAAACGUAACAGAAACACCAACACCAGCAACAGUCACCGCCGCUCCAACAAGUGCCACGAGGACGCCUGACGAGAGUGACGGCAGCCCCGCGGCCUCCCACACCACCUCCCCUCUUCUGCUUUUUCUUCUUGCGUGUGCGGCCGCUGCUGCGGUGGUGGCCGCGUGA